AUGAAAGCCGAGCUCAUGCAUACGGAAAGCCACAAGGCUAUGGUGGAGAUAUGUGAUUGGAGAGCUGAGAUCAUCUCAACCUUCAUUCGCGAGCGUUCGACAGUCUUCAACGAACUAAUGAUAUUGAGAAAGAGGGGUUGGGAAAACCCUGCAGGGGACACGUUCUUCAAGAAACGACGUCAAGUAGCUGACAAUGCCGACGCAAAAACUAAGCUUGCGUUUUUGAACAUAAUGCAAGAAAUUGCUGAACAAAUGGACGCCAAGAUGGAUAUCAUAGGGAACAAUGAAGCUACCCGCCGAGAGUUUCACAUACUGGAUCUUUGUCUAGCGCCAGGUGGUUUUGCAAAGUAUUUCAAGAAUUCCAUCCCGAAUUCGAAGGUAUGGGGGUUCAGUCUUCCAAAAUCAUCUGGUGGUCAUGAGGUGUUGCUCGAUCUACGACAAAAUUGGCUAGAAGUCACGUUUCAGGACGUUACUAUGCUGAUGGACGAGAUCCUUGGAGGCGCGAGCGAUCAAUCAGAGUCUGUAAAGGAUCAUAUUGAAGCUGAGCAGCUUCGAAGCCAAUGGCCCUACUCCACGCAAAAAUUUGACUUGGUCAUCUGUGACGGACAAGUACUUCGGACCCAUCAGCGGGCAGAGUAUCGACAGUCCAGCGAGCCUAAAAGGCUUGCCUUGAGUCAGUUGAUAAUAGCCCUGCAGAGGCUCACUCCUGGCGGAACACUGAUUAUGCUGCUUCAUAAGAUAGAAGCGUGGGAUAACAUUCAAGUCCUGUCUACCUUUCAACAGUUUUCAGACAUCUGUUUUUUCAAGCCCAAGCCAUAUCAUGCUAUACAGUCCUCAUUCUACCUAGUGGCAAAGAAUGUGAGAUCCGAGAGUAGCGCUGCCUUGGACGCAAUCAUGAAGUGGAGAGAAGCCUGGAAAGCUGCUACCUUUGAAGGCCCGUUGACUGAAUAUGACACAGAGGAGGAGAUCAUGAAGGUCUUGGGGAAUUUUGGGGAUGCUUACGUCAAGAUGGCUGAGCCAGUCUUUGAAAUCCAGAAACUCGCGCUGGAGCGAUCUAGCUUCUGCAAGGCACGACCUCUCAAAUGA